AUGAAAUUUUGUGGUUUUUUUGAUUUACUGUCAGUCCUCUUAAGGUCCUCGCAACAAGGCCCGCUUGUAGAAAUCGAGCCAAAAGGUCCAAUUCCAGUUCGAGUUGGACAAGAUUUGGAAAUAAAAUGCAGAGUUUCGAAGCCUCUUGUAUAUUGUCGAGUGGAAAUUCCAAACGAAGGCGCACUCGUUAUUCAGGAUCCAUCCACAUUACCAGCUGAAAACAUCCGAUAUAUCGGAAGAGGUUUGGACAAAGGGGAAUGCUACAUUCGGAUUCAAAAUGUUAAAGAAUCUUACAAUGGGAACUUCAAGUGUUCCGUUUUGCCCCGAGGCAGUGCAUACGAAGGUUCAGCCUCUGCAAAAAUUGUCAUUGCCAAACCACCGCAACAACCUCAACUCAGCUUGACACCCAGCUCUAGCGGCAGACCUUUUUACAAGAAAGGAGAAACAUUGGAAAUAAGUUGUAAUGCUCUUGGUGGAUCACCAAAUGCUAAUGUUACCAUAUAUCUCGGGGAUGAGAAACUCACUAGCGAAGAUAGUCCAUUUUAUCACGAACCGACCGGAAAUGACGCUAAGCUCGAUAUUCAAAAUGUCUCAAGAAGCUUGGAAUGGACAGAUCAUGGCCGAGAAGUAAAAUGCGUUGCUUCUCAUAUCGCACUUGAUCGACCAAAAGAGACCAAGGUUCAACUCGAUGUUCACUAUCCACCGCAACCCCAGCCCAACAUUGAGCGUUUCGGAUACGUGAUUGGACAACAAGGAGUAGUGAACGUGACCAUAAAUGCCAACCCCAGACCCGAUUUCACGUGGAUUGUUGAUGCCGAAGAAAUCGAGGCAGGACGUACGGACUCGAGCAAUCGCCUCCAGACUUCUUCUGCAUACGAAUUAGGAAAAGGAAAGUGGUCUGCAAUUCUAACCAUCGACAGUGUUCAGAAGAGCGAUACCGAAAGGGAUUACCGUUUGAGAGCAUCGAACGAAGAAGGAACUUACACCUAUGAGGUCAAGAUCUCUACUUCUUCGGAAGCUCCUGGUGUAGAUCUGGAUGCGGGUUCCAUUAUCGGAAUCGUUAUAGGAGUCCUGAUUCUGAUUCUCGCAAUAUUCCUCGUGAUAUUUGCUCGUGCGACUGGUCGUUGGUGCUUUGCAGGUGGUAGAACGUCGAGGAACAUUGGAGAAUCAGACAUAGCGGAUCCAGCAGUGACUGUUAAUCUACUUCGCUUCCACAAACCAAAAACAGACGAUGCCAGUGGGCGAAGAAGCGACACAGAAAGCGCAGGAAGAUAUUCACGAAGUGAGGUGGACUCAACCGGAAGACGGCAAAGAAGACCUAAAAUCACUUUCUCUCAACUUUUCAAACGAAACAAGGACAAAGUCUCAGGAGCUGACACGGACACAGUGAGGACAAAUGUCACUGUGGAUGACGAGAAGCAGACUACAGAAACAGGUAAAGCUGAUAAAGGUGGUAUAGUUUAUGCUGAAUUAGACCUCACGCAACAGCAACAGCAGCAACAAGCUCGUCGAAUCGACGAAGACAAAACAGAGUACGCGGAAAUUUUGUACACAAAACCCGAAGCCGAAGCACAAACUCCUGACAAAUAGUUUGUGCUACUCAGUGAUCUCCCGCUAAUUUUAGAUAUUCAUAGAUUUAUAUCUAACAAUAUUAAAUUAAUUUUGAUCUUGUGAAUGGUGCAAGUUAUGUGUAGGCAUCACUCUAUGUGUGAAAAUGAAAUGAAAAAUACACUCGCUAGAUCAGCGGUUCCCGCGGCAGACAACUAGUUGCGAGUAGAAGACCUCUUUCCUUCACCUUGGAAUCCUGAUUUCUUCAUUGUUAUGAUAUUAAGGUGGUUUUAGCGUGAAACGAAAUCCAUGCUAAAAAGCUGAAAUUUUUAUUAUAACUUCUUUAACUAUUUUUGAAUACAUCUGCGAGGUUUCAGAUUGAUUGACCGUCUAUUUACAGAGAAAUAAUUAAUUAAAGUUUCAUCGUUUGGCCAUGAAUUACUAUACAGCUUAUGGCAAUGACAAGUGAACUUGAGCUUAGAAUGAGUGCCGUACUCACAAAAUCCAUGCUACGUAUGCAAAAAACUAACAAAAUGUGCCCCGAACCUUCAUAAAUUCGUCUGAUUUUUUAAAGAAUUUUUUACCGUUUGAUAAUAAUGUAUUACCUUUCUAAAAAUCAGAACUCUGUCGACUUUCGUCGGUAGCCAUGAUCGAAGAAGGCAGCCGUGAACACUUGGCAACGUCGCAAUCAUACUGGAACGUAUAGUCAGUUAGGAGUAGGUAUGCGAUUAGGUUAUACACACGUGCAUUUGAAAUAGUUCAUCUAAUGAUUGAGAAAUAAAAAAAACUGAAAUUUACUGUGUACAUUUAAUUUAAUUGUCAAAACUCAAUAAAUAACAUAUUACAC